GCGCUCACAUCACAUGACUGGAACAUUCUGCCUCAUGACACAGUGAAUCUGCUGCCAGACACUGGAGAAACAGCACAGCUCCGUUUAUGAGCUGAUAAAAAUCAGUCAUAAACUCACGGAUCCGCGCGGCUCGUGUUCGGUACGCAGUGUUCAGUGCGCGGAGUUUUGGCGCUUUUCCUGACGGACGUUAAUACGAAGUGAGACAUGAUGGUGAAACAGUGUUUUGCUGCAGGUGUCUGCUGGACUCUACUGCUGGGGUGUGUGUUUGCAGCCCAUGCGGUGACAUUUGAGGUGACUGAAGGAAACUCUACCUGCAUUAAAGCAGAACUCAACGCCUCCUUCAGCAUCUCCUACAACACCACUAAUGGAACGAGUGUGACGGUGUUCGCGCUGCCGUCCUCAGCUGCGGUGGCUAAUGGAAGCUCCUGCGGCGCCGCCGGUGUUCCUCCAGAGCUGCUGCUGUCGUUCGGAGCGGGUCACAUGUUCUCUCUGGUGUUCUCCAGCGACGGGCGUCUGUACAGGGUGGCCAACAUGAGCCUGCAGUACAACCUCAGUGACACCAGCACCUUCCCACAAUCCUCCAGCGCAGGAGUUGUGUCCGUGAUGAGGAACGUGUCGGAGAUCUCUGCGCGGCUGAACAGCACCUACAGGUGUCUGAGCUCCACCUCCGUCAGUCUGGAUGCAGGAGUGAACGUCACCUUCGCUAAUGUUCGCAUGGAGGCGUACAUGACCUCAGCAAACCUCAGCAAAGACGAGAGUGUUUGCAGUGCUGAUCAGACGACUACAACCGUUGCCCCGACACAAUCACCCAAAACCACGGCCGCCCCGUCACCCGUCCCGCCGCCCGCCGCCCCGGAGCGCGGCAACUACACCAUCACCAACGGCAACGGCACCGUCUGCCUGCUGGCGCUGAUGGGCCUGCAGCUCAACGUCACGCACUUCUCAAAGUCUCGCAACCAGACCGUCAAUGAGGUCGUGAACCUGCAGCCCAACAGAACGACGGCCUCGGGGUCAUGCGGGGUCCCAGUGGCCACCCUGACGCUGGCCGAGGAUCUGACCAACCUCACCUUCACCUUCACGCUGAACUCGACCACACAGAAGUUUCAUCUGAGUGCCGUGAGCGUCUCCGCUUUCUGGUCCGACAUGACGGAUCGGUUCGUGGCGAGCAACAGCUCUCUGGACUACCUGCAGUGCAGCGUGGGCCGCUCGUACAUGUGCAGCACGGAGCAGAUGCUCGGCGUAGUGCCCACCUUCUCCAUCAACACCUUCAGACUGCAGCUGCAGCCCUUCAACGUCACUGCUAACAAGUUCUCUGCAGCGGAGGAGUGUCGUGUGGAUCGGGAGAACAUGCUCAUUCCCAUCAUCGUUGGAGCGGCUCUGGCUGGUCUGGUGCUGAUCGUCCUCAUCGCGUAUCUGAUCGGCAGGAAGAGGACACACGCCGGAUACCAGACCAUCUGAUCAUCAUCAUCAUCAUCAUCCUGCAUCUGUGCUGUGAUUGGCUGCUUCAGAGCAGCUGCAGCUGGAUGCACUGGACUGAGUGAGUGAGUGUGUGUGAGAGAGAGCUGGUUCAUUCUGUUCUUCUUUGCUGUGUGGUCAAAAGUCAAGGUCAGGGGUCACUGGUGUGUGUGUGUAUGUCUAGUCAACUGUCAUCUGUGUCUCAACAACUCGUUUCCUGUUGGUCAGUUUGUUACUCUAAAGCCGUUAUAUUAAUGAAUCUGUGUAAAUAAUGAUUGUUUUAAGUCAGAGGUCACGAGUGAGACUACAAAUAACUGAUCAACCAAACUGGACAAACGAGUCUGACAAACCUUCCCUCGUCCUCAUUUAUACAAAUCAUUCAGAAAUAAUGUCAUUUUAUUAUUAUUAUAAUGUUCUUUUUAUUCUAAUAAUGCUAAAUGUUUUCGGUGACACUUUACAAUAAGGUUCAUUUGUUGACAUUAAUUGAUACAUUAAUAAUAAUGAGCGAUAUAUUCCAGCAUUUAUGAAUCUUUGUUAAUGUUAGUUUAUAAAAAUGUGCGUUAGUUCACAGUGAAUUAACUAAUGAGAACAGAUACAACUCUUGAUUUUAAUAAUUAGUAAAUGUUGAUAUUAAUAAACGCUGUGGAAGUGUUGUUCAUCGUUAGUUCAUGUCAACUAAUGUUAACGAAUGAACCUUAUGACCAUGUUUCCUGUCUGUAGUCAUUUUAAUUGGCUUCAUGUAAAAACAAUAGAAGUUUAUGACAUCACCUCAUUUACAUAAGUGUGUGUAGUAAAUGUUCUCAUCAUGUAGUGUGUGUGUGUGUGUGUGUGUGUGUUCAGGUGUCUGCAUUAUAAGCACAGCUGUCACCGUCAAAUACAUCAAUAAACAUACUAAACCAUUUUACUCCAAAUGUAAACAUGCAGAAACUUUCUGAGGGUUUGUGUCGAGGAUAAACAAUAUCAUUAGCUCAGUAUAAAAACCAUUUUGUGUGUGUGUGUGUGUGUGUGUGUGUGUGAGAGUGAGAGUGAGAGAGUGUGUGUGUGUGAGUGAGUGUGAGAGAGAGUGAGAGUGUGUGUGUGUGUGUGUGUGUGUGUGUGUGUGUGUGUGUGUGUGUGUGUGUGUGUGUGUGUGAGAGAGACACUGGCAUUAAAUGACACCUGAUAUAAAUAAUUGAUGUUGUUGUAGUUGUGUCUCGGAUCAUGAAACCUGUAUAGAGCCGCAUGUGAAUUACCCAUGAUCCUCCACUCACACUCACACACACACACACUCUCGCAGCAGCUGUCAGUGUAACUGAUGGUCAGUUUGUUGGAGUGAAAAGGGAAACUGUGGACUGUGCCUGUUUAACAUGAAUGAUUGAGUCUGAUGUGCUUUUCUGGGAUGUUUAUAAGAAACUCUUUCGCUGUGUUUGAAGUGCUUCAUCAUCAUCAUCAUCAUCAUCAGAAUGACACAUGACGUGUGCAUCAGUGUGUUUAUGAUGAGCAUUAAAGGCUGAAUGAUGAUGAUGAUGAAGCACACUGGGUUUGAUCUGCAUUGGAGCUCUGCUGCGUUCACACCAUGUCAUAAUUACAGUAAAUGUUACUGUACGCUUUCAAUUCGCUCUCGCUGUACUUUGAUGUCACACACCGAUCGCUCAGCACAGUGCACAGGUCAGGUGGUACAAGUCACAGCUCUCAGAAAAUCACCGGUUCACAUGUUGUAUUUACACAUUAUACAGGCUUUAUACAGUUCAGAAUUGUUACGGUAAUUACGACAUGGCGUGAACGCGCCUUUCUUUAUUGUGGUGAGUUUGAUGGGUCACAUGACUUGUCACUGGGUCAUGUGACUCCAGUGCCGUGUUUGCUGGUUUCUGCUCUUUUGUAGCGAAUGUUUCAUUAUUUUUAUGCAUCAGGGUUUGAGGUUAAUAAAUAAAUAAUGACUUACA